AUGUCGUGGAAGCUCACCAAGAAGUUGAAAGAGACCCAUCUGGGGCCCCUGGCGAACACCUUCUCCCGGAACCCGUCGACUUCAACCAUCACAGACAAGGACGAAAAGCCGCCGCUUCCCACGUCCAACACUCCCGUCCCUCACGAUAAUGCAAUUGCCGCUUCAGAAUCCAUGGUACAAGAGCCUGUCGUCAAGCCCCCGAAGCCCGGUAUCCUCGUAGUUACCCUUCACGAAGGCCAGAACUUUUCCCUCCCCGAGCAACAUCGCAACGUCUUCUCCCAACAUGGACAGGGCUCCCAUUCGACAGGGAACGCCUUGAGUGGCUCGGUGCGACCUGGUUCUUCCCAGAGAACUGCCGCGGGGUCGUUCAUGAACGGCUCAGGUAGACCACAGACCUCGGCAGGCGGGUUUUCCGGCAUUCCUUCCAACCACGGCCGUAUCUCGAGCAAGUGGUUGCCGUACGCCCUCCUGGAUUUUGACAAGGUUCAAGUCUUUGUCAACUCAGUCUCAGGCAAUCCUGAAAAUCCCUUGUGGGCCGGCGACAACACGCAGUACAAGUUUGAUGUUUCCCGAGUGACGGAGCUGAACGUACACCUCUAUAUGCGGAACCCCAACGCGCCGCCCGGGUCAGGACGGAGUCAGGAUAUCUUCAUCGGAGUCGUACGCAUCAACCCGAGAUUCGACGAGAAGCAUACCUUUAUCGAGGACCCGAAAGCGAGCAAGAAGGAUCGCGAGAAGGCGGCAGCGGAAUUCUCCCAUAGAGAACGUGGUCUGGGCCACAGCGGUAUGGAAUGGGUCGAUGUGCAAUAUGGCACCGGCAAGCUGAAGAUCGGCGUGGAAUAUGUCGAGAACCGUGCGGGUAAGCUUAAGAUCGAGGAUUUUGAGCUCCUCAAGGUCGUCGGAAAGGGCAGCUUCGGCAAGGUCAUGCAGGUUCGAAAGAAGGAUACCAACCGGAUCUAUGCGCUCAAGACUAUCCGCAAGGCACACAUUAUCUCCCGAUCUGAAGUCGCUCACACUCUGGCAGAGAGGUCGGUGCUUGCGCAGAUCAACAACCCCUUCAUCGUGCCGCUCAAGUUCACCUUCCAGUCGCCCGAGAAGCUCUACUUCGUGCUGGCUUUUGUCAAUGGUGGAGAGCUAUUCCACCACCUGCAGAAGGAGCAGCGAUUCGACGUGAACCGGGCACGCUUCUACACGGCCGAGCUCCUGUGCGCAUUGGAAUGCCUACACGGAUUCAACGUCAUCUACCGCGACCUGAAGCCCGAAAAUAUCCUGCUCGAUUACCAAGGCCACAUCGCGCUUUGCGACUUCGGCCUGUGCAAGCUUGACAUGAAAGACGAGGACCGAACGAACACAUUCUGUGGCACGCCAGAGUAUCUUGCGCCAGAGCUUCUGAUGGGUCAGGGAUACAACAAGACGGUGGACUGGUGGACUUUGGGGGUUCUUCUCUACGAAAUGCUAACGGGGCUUCCGCCGUUCUACGACGAGAAUACUAAUGAGAUGUAUCGCAAGAUCUUGUCGGAGCCGCUACAUUUCCCCGGUGCAGAUGUGGUGCCGCCUGCUGCCAAGGACCUCCUCUCCAAACUACUCAACCGCAAGCCGGAGGAGCGACUGGGAGCGGGAGGUAGUGCCGAGAUCAAGGCGCAUCCCUUUUUCCACGCCAUAGAUUGGCGGAAGCUCCUACAGCGCAAGUACGAGCCGACAUUCAAGCCCAGCGUGGCAAACGCUCUUGAUACGGCCAACUUUGACCAAGAGUUUACGUCGGAGGCACCGCAAGAUUCGUAUGUCGAUGGGCCCAUGCUGUCUCAAACCAUGCAGAACCAGUUUGCAGGAUUCAGUUAUAACCGACCGAUCGCGGGUCUGGGCGACGCUGGUGGCAGUGUGAAAGAUCCCUCGUUCGUGGGCAGUAUCCAAGAUCGACGAUAG